CGAUCUUUUGGCUUUUCCAUAUUGUCUCAUAUCUCAUUGUAAUACUAACCCUUCCGUCGUGCGUUGCACUUGUUGCGUUUUGGUGUACGAAUUGUUCAGUUGUCCAAUGGCACCAUUACUGCGAAAGCGAAAGCGCCAAUCGGACAUUGCAUUACCCGCCUUAGACAGCGAUACUUAUGAGGUCGUUCUACCCGAGAAGACUAUCGAUACACGGUCCCAGUGCAAUUUGUCAAAUCGAGAGCGCGACGCGACGCGUAGUCAGACUACUCCUCGAGCCCUCAAGCCAACGUUGAUCCCUUCCCUAGCUUCGACGGAAGUGUCUGACAAUACUGUACCACCCGACUGUUGCUAUCACUGCCGUACACGAGGAGGCAACGCUGCAUACGAGUGCUUCAAAGCGGAGCACGAUGACCGCUGCACGCGCUGCAUUAGGGAUAAAAAGGGGAAAUGCCGCAUGCCCACUGAUGAGGAGGCAGCCUCAAUAGCGGCACGCUGUCCGCAAUGUACACGAAGAGGUUUCAAGAACUGCAACGGGGGGAGCCCAUGUGAUACUUGUGUGCGGAAUGAAACCCCCGACAAAUGCAGACAGCCCAAAAAGAGAACCAUGGACCAGCGCCAGAGCCUGCGUCCGCGCAGGAGAAACAGCAACAGCAACCGUCUAGUUCAGAACGACGAGACGACCGCUGCUGGGCCGAAUGAGCAGAUUGAGCAGUCAGACUUUCCUGAAGACGGGAGCAUGGACUAUGAGCUAGAUGGCAAUGCGGAGGUGAGUAUUGCGACGGUGCCUGCGCGGACACUUGUUACCGGGAGCGCGAGCAAGGUUUUGCGAAAGGAACGCGAUAUACAAGAUCUGCUUACCAACGAACAUCGCGCGGCCAAUCUCCGCAACAACCGAGGUGCUACUCAUUCCUAUGACCGUCUCGAUGAAGGAUUCGUCAGAUCAUCUGAGGAGGACACAACGUCGGAGACAAUUUCUGUAGGAAAGACUCAUUACCCGGAGGUAGCUUCAGAUGCGGACAGCAAAGGCUGCUUCGAAGGCCCAGCUAGAGACAAUGACAAGGAUGAGUACGAGCAUAAUAUCGCAAUAGUAGACUGCGAUACACUCCCAUCCCCUCCUGCAUCCGACGAAUCUACAGCGGAAACGACCAUCAAACUAGCUAUACAUGGCCGCGAUUGUUCUCCUCCAUCCAGGUCUACCACGCGCCCACGCCGCAGCCGUGGAAGGGUGUCAUACGUUGAUUUAGAAGAUGAUCUACUAGAGCAAAGGCCCCAAAACGAAGACGACGACAGUGACGUAUAUGCUGCCCCUGAAGACGACGACGAGAGUGAAGCGGAUUCAGACUUGGAGCUGGUGGGUUCUGGGGAUGAAGCAUUGACCGCUAGUGAUGCGGACACAUUAGAAGAGAACAUGUCCGAGGAGGGUGAUCUCAUCGAGGAGGAGCCGACCAAGACCUCCGCGAAGCCGCGCAAGCCAGUAACGAUUGCUAAAUCAUCACAAAAGACGGCGGGCAAGGGAAUUGACCUAAAUCUUCCACCCAUCAAUAACAUCAACGACGUCUUCGCAGAUAUGACCGCUAGAGCUGUAGAGCUUGGUCUGUGCGAAGCUCUAAAGAAUCUGAAAGGGCAAGUUAUUAAUGUUGCUACCAUGUGCUCUGGCACCGAAUCACCCCUUAUAGCACUAGAGCUCUUGUCCAAAGCUCUCGAGCAGACCGGAAAUUCCCCGAUCCACUUCAAGCACCACUUUUCUGCGGAAAUAGAAGUUUUUAAACAGGCAUUCAUCGAGCGAAACUUUCAGCCAGAUAUACUGUUUAGAGAUAUCCGAGAGUUCAUUCCUGAGGGUGUCACGACUGCAACCACCGCCUAUGGCGCUGAAGUUUCAAUUCCGAGCGGCAUCGACAUUCUCAUUGCUGGCUUUGUGUGCAAAGAUCUCUCGAGAAUGAACAACAAUGGAAAAGAUCUCGACAGCAAUGGUGAAUCUGGCGAUACGUGGCGUGCCGUGUACACAUAUGUAAACCGAUUUCGCCCAGGCAUCGUUCUCCUAGAAAAUGUUAAGGCCAAGAUAUCAACUUGGGAAGAUGUUGUGUCUCGCUGGGCGAAGAUAGGGUAUGAAGCGGGCUGGGUAUAUCGAGAUAGCAAGCAACACUACCUUCCUCAGACAAGAGAGCGCAUGUAUAUGAUAGCCGUGGAGCGAAGUCGCUUAGGCAAGAACGCUGCCAUCAAAGCCGUGGGCGAAUGGAAGGAGCUCAUAAAGGGACUCCAACGACAGUGCAGUAUCACAUACGAGGAGUUUCUCUCCAGCGAUAUGAUGCAGGAGUCUAGUGUGCAUAGCGUUGUAGCGUCUGAGUCAGAUUGGGCGCUGUCUAGGCUGAGAUACGAUAAAAUGCGUACUAUAGGAGGACUCGGCCAUUCGAGGACACUCACAGGAUGGAGCGAGAGUGGAUCGAAUCGGCUCCCCGACUUUGCGGAUCGGAAAUUCUACUAUUCGCAAUCAUCCAGAGUUUACGACGCUAUUGAAGUCGCUCAUCUCCAGGCUGCGCAAAACGACGCCGACUCUACGCACAAGAUGUUCAUCUGGGAUGUUAGCCAAAAUGCCGACCGGUUCAAAGCGAGCCUAGGUAUUUCCUCAUGUAUCUCACCAGACGGAGUCAUGUUCACCACCAAUCGCCACCAAUCGCUUAAUGGCAAGCAGCUGCUCAUGUUGCAAGGCAUGCCCAUGGAGAAGCUUUUGUUUGCCGGAGAAACUCAAAGGGAAUGUCAAGACUUGGCAGGAAAUGCUAUGUCCACGACUGUUAUUGGUGCAUCUCUUAUUUCAGCAAUCAUCAGCGGAUGGAAAUCUUUCCGACCGAAGAGCGUAUCCGCCCCUCAGCUAACCGCCAAGGAGACGAAUCGAGCGGUCAUAUCCACGACUCAUACCAUGAAGCAAAUGACCCUUCAUCCAAAAGAGUUGGGGCAGCUAAACUUACAUGACUUGAAGCAGGACGCGGUACUGAGCGCGCGAUUAUGCAAUUGCGAAGGGGAUAAGAGCAUAUGCAAAGCGUCGGUGCAGAGAUGUUCAGCCUGUGGUCACACAGCCUGUGGAGACUGCGCUGGUAAUCCAAAACACGAAUACGGCACCGCGUAUGCAAAGGGCGGCCGAUCACAAACCCCAUUCAAGUUCAUCAACGAAUGGCGACCUAAGUUACCAGCGCGACUAAAGUUUGACGCAUUUCCUGACAUAGAGCAAUUUGUUCAUGAGACGGGGACAAGGGACCAGACAGUGCGGGCGUUCGUGGAUCGAAUCGUAGAAGCUAAUAUCGAAUCGCAGUACUUCUGCCUUCACGACUUGUCGAGACAAGAUAACACUUGGAAAGCCACAUACAACUCUCCUCAGGCCCGCCUAGAACUUAUCAUUGGUGGUCAUGAUAUUCAGUGGCUGUUAUUCGUCACUUGCAGUCAAGACGUUCCCGGUAAUAGCUCUUUGCGCAAAUUGCUCAAAGGCCCGGUUGCUCGCGCCUAUGUUACCGAAUCGCUACUGGACGCCCAAUGGCAGCUAUUCAAGCCUUCCAUCGAACACUGCACGCUUCAGAUGAGUGGCUCAGCUGAGCGGAGUAGUUCCUGGAAAAGCCGGCUUGGCCUAGUAAAACAUAAAGCAGAAACCGUCCCAAAAACAAUCAAGAUCCACAGCAAUGCUAAGUGGGCAAAAGUUCUCGUCGGAGAGUACGACUUCUUGGCGCACUGUGGAACAGCAUGCGGCAGUCUGUACAAGAGAUCGACUACUCCUGCUCUUUAUAUGUUCCUCGACCCCGACCCAAUAGGUUCACCCGACAACGAUAGCUUUGUGUUCAGUCACGAUUGCACCCGAAAGUACUCCGGGGACACUCGGAUAUCUAUGGCCCACUUGGAACCUUCAUGGCGACCAUGGGAUCUUGAAACCAACGUUCCGUGCGGCGUCAGAGCUACGCUUCCGGGCGCUUGGAUGCCUGCUACUUUGAAAUUGAAAUCGGCUUGUCCUCCAGUGAAAGCUAGUGUGCUCUCAGAAACCCAGUUCAAACACUCGCAAGAAGACUGCUCGCAAUCGGUCAUAGUUCUGAAUGUUCAGUUACCCGGAAGCCUUCCUGUGAAUGACUUCGCUGACUACUCCUGGGCUUUUGAGCAAGCAAAACGUCUUCCCUCAUUCUCGUGGCAGCAUUUUGGUACGAGCUCCUUUGAGCAGUGCUCUUGCGCACCCACAUAUCCACGCAUACUCUGGAAUGUCAAUGAGAAGGGCAUGGCUACACCGCACGAAGACCGUAAGGCUGCAGCCAAGUUCGAACGUGCCAUGAAAACACGACCACCGAUCUUUCAGAUCCAGCCUGUCAACAGUUUACGCGGAAUACAAAUUCAGGUAGGCAUCAACAUAUCAUCUUUGGUCCACCGUGCCCACGGCAGACUCGCUCAACUCGGGUCUGUGAUCACCUCAUGGAGACUUGUCACAGGUCAUGAAGCAUUACCACAUGUGCCUUUCCCUCGAUUUCGCCUACUGAGCAACACAAAAGACACUCCGACUACACUAUGCUCCACCCCAAAAUAUUUACGUGGUGCACAACUACGGUCACUAUUAUGGAUGACGAAACAAGAACUUGGAAUGAACAUUGCGAUAACCGAACAGGAAGAGGCAAUUCACCCCGACUUAGGCUGGAGGGUGGAAGCUCGGGCACAGAUAACUCUUUCGGUUCGCGGAGGCAUGCUUGCGGAUCAUCCUUCGUUUGGAAAGACUGUGACAAUCAUAGGCCUUAUCCAGAGCGAAUUUGAGCGACACACGCCCGAUGCACUUCUUCGCCAGAACAAAUAUCAUACCGAAGGGCUGCCCGCCCUCAUUGACUCAGCUGCAACCUUGAUCGUCUGCCCUCCGCACAUUGCAUCGCAAUGGCUGACCGAGUUGGCGAAAUUUCUGGGCGAAGAGACGUACAAUAGCUACGAUAUCCUACUAGUGGAUAGCUUCGCUAGGCUACGUGGUCUCACAAUCGAGGAGAUACAGGAGAGUAGGGUUAUUAUUUUCUCCUGGAAUGUUUUCGCUUCAGAAGAGUACAUUUCGUCUCUCGCACGAUUCACUGGUAUGCCAGAGCCGACUGCCACGAAUCGUCGUGCAUUUGAUGCAUGGUUUAGCCGUGUUGCCGACGAGAUUUCUGGUCAGCUCGGUGCACUUCAAAAGACUAACUUCGAGGACUUCCAAAAAUGUACACGGAACAAACUGAAGGAGCGGUUGCAGCAUGAGGACUUUCAAGCGGCUCUGCCUAUCAAAAUUCAACACGGCAGUGCCUACCAAUCGUUUGAUUCGGCUCAAACAGCUUCACGCAACGCGAACGGCUCGAAAACGAAGAGCAGAACUCUGCUCAAACGAAAAACAUCAGGCCUUGCGGCCGAAAGCCAUCCUGUGCCUUUGAUGCAUAUGUUCCGGUUCAACAGGAUAGUUGUUGACGAGUAUCAUUAUCUCAAUGACGACAAUAAGACUAGUAACAUGUUGGCUUCGGUGAGUGUCAAGAGGAUUGCCGCACACAAGCGUUGGGUUCUUUCGGGGACGCCUGCAUUAGCCAAUUUCACCGAUGUGGCUCAAGCUGCGUCAUAUCUUGGUAUCACGUUAGGUCGGUACUUCAUGGGCGACGGCAUGGUCUCCGCUUCGCUGGAGAGGAUACGCAAGAGCGACCAGACCCUGGUCGAAGAUUUCCUCUCACAAACUAAUGUCAUGUCUCGAGAGUGGCACCAAGCACGCCACCAGCGCGCACAGGAGUUCUUGGACCUAUUCGUCCGACAAAACGAAGCAGAACUCCAGCACAUUGCCUGCUCCGAGAAGCUUGUACCGAUUGAACUAGACAAUGCCCAUCGUGCCAUUUACUUGGAACUUUCACAGCAUUUGAAGUCGCAGAACAUGCAGAUUAAAAGGCUAAACAACAGAUCGAGUUCGGACAAAAUAGAGAGGUUGAUUGCCAGCCUGAACCACUCGGCAACAGCUGAAGAGGCUCUCCUGAAAUCUGCUCUUCUUUUUGAGACGUCGGAUGGGGAGUCAGGCCUAGAUACAAUGAUGGAAAAACGAUCAGACCAGCGUCGCCAAACAGAGAAGGCCCUGUUCAAACUUAUGGCCGGUUUUGAAGGGUUAAAGAAAGACGAAGAACUUACAGAACUAUACGACUGCUUUAAGCAGGAUGCCAAAACCAGCUGGCUUGGAGACCAGGAUACCAGGCAACGCGUUCGCGGUCUACUCGCAAAAGCUGCGAAAACCCCAAACCCAAAAGGGUUUCCCGAGCUGACACCUCUGUCGAGCAUGAAAGCCAAGCAAGAGACCAAGAGACUACUGUCAGAACUCCGUCUAACUGCCACCGAAUUGCUCAUGAGAAUGAGGUCGGAGCGCUUCAUUUCCACAAUUAAAAGCUUCGUUGACCCAUCGUCGCACCUCGCAGAGAAUCAAUUGCACACGUGUAGCGCUCCAGAAUGUAAAGGAACGGCUAACUUGGAGCAUCUUUACUUUGUCCCAUGUUGUGGUCACACGGCCUGUGAGGAUUGUCUCAAUGCACGGCUUAAUGAGGACUGUUGCGUGAGUCCAAUGUGCAGUAUUUGCAUAAGCCGCAACUUGAUCAAGGUCUCUCGUCUUGGAUCUACCGUAAAGCACACUUCCGAGGGAAGAUUUGGCGAAAAGCUUGAAGGCAUUGCUCACAUCAUCAAACGAAUUCCGAAAGAAGAUCAAGGCCUCGUCUUCGCACCAAAUGAGGAGACGAUCGGCAUCCUUGAAAACGUCUUUAAGUCCUACAACAUCUCCUACCAUUCUCCUAGCUACGGCAGAUCUGCGGCAGAGAUGAUGGAGGACUUCAAGACCAACGAGGAUCCUCAUGAGCGGAAAAAGGUCCUUAUCCUGGAUCUGGGCAGUGAAUCUGCAGCUGGUGUGAAUUUGGUUAAUGCGAACCAUGUCAUUUUCGUCUCCCCUCUGUUGGCCAAGACCCGGUAUGAGUAUGAAUCGGCCAUGGUGCAAGCCAUUGCUCGCAGUCGCCGAUAUGGACAAAAGAAGAAGGUUCACAUAUAUCAUGUCCUAGCGCUACAUACCAUUGACGUGGACGUAUUCGAGCAUCGCCACAGGCGCAGCGACGGCAUCACCGCGUCGAGGUCGGCAAUCAAGUUGCCUGAGGCGAGUUCGACGGACAAAGAGAAAACCAAGUUGAUCAAGAACAAUGCCCGUCAGAUGGCAUCAGUUCCUGCUUCAUGGCUCCUUGACGAGCCCAAGCGACGGCUUCUGAACGUGAAGGAGAAUCCCGACAGCUUCACUUCUUUGAUUAGUCUUUCUGAGGCGUUUGAGAAUGAAGACGACUAGAUUACUAUCACCGGUUCCGACGACUGGUUUCACUCUAUUACCAUACUGUGGGUCUUGCUCUUUGGGUAGACUGUGGGCUAUCCAAGGUAGGAGUUGUACCGGUUACUAAACAUUUGCGCCAUGCUUAUAUCUGUACAACAUUUUUGCUUGAAUCGUGGCGCUCUGUUUAGCUAGCAUAAUACCCAAUACAGCGCG